CUGUGUUUUCUGGAACCUGUGAGUCGAGUUGGGAUGAUUGUCUAUCUAAGGAGAUCAUGGACGUAUAUGACUAUUGUCCGUUUGAGGAGCUCGGGGAUGCCAUGUCGAUUUGGAAAUCUCUCUCCGUCACUGUGAAUAACGUCAUCCACCAAGACAUCCCAGCAGCGUUGUGGUCUCGCACGAUAGCCAGGCCAAAGCUGUCCAAUCUCACAGCAAACUACCUUACCACGUACUACCCUGCACUCCCUACAGGAACUCAAUUUCUCGAUGCCUUGAGGACGACCACUGUGCCAUCUCCAUAUGCCAUCAUGUCUUUAACCAUGCAUAAUGUUUUGUGUAGCAUCGUCUUGCAGUUAUAG